GUAGGUUGUGCCUGUUUACAUCUUGGUAAAGUAGAAGAGUUUGUCUGAAAGCUGCCUGCUGAAUAGGCUGAAAAGAGAAGAAACACAGUUUGUUUGCCUGGAUAUUAAAUGAAAGCUUCCUUUGCUACAAUUUCCACUGAUGUUUGUGGAUGAUUACUAUUUACACUUAUCACAUGUAAGGAAUCACUUGGACAGCUAAAAACUGUACCAGCACACACUGAACAGUGAGGAAAGAUGGAAGCUGUGCUUGGAUUGAUGAUUAUUCUACUGGGAGUUGCUCAUGUGCAUGAAUAUACAAGUACAACUUCAAAACCGGACGCCAACGUUUUCACUCGCCUCUGAGGCUGAUUACUAACACAUUGGAGUCCAUUCAGAGCACCACACCCACCUUUGUUUUUGAGGGAAAAGCUGCUAACUUGAUCAACACAGGCUGAACAGACAUGGAAGCUGCAGUUGGACUGUUGCUGGUGUUGCUUAGAGUCUCUCAUGGUGUGAAAACUCACUGUGAUGGCAGACAGGAUGGAGCUCAGUGUUAUGGAGCUUUGGGAGGAACUGUGGACAUCCAGCUGAUGGACAGCACCUCAGAAAUACCUAGAUACUACUUGUUAAAGGAUUCAUUAAAAAUACUAAAUGUCAGAAAUAAUAAGGUUCUUUCUAAUACCACAGAACGCAGGUCUCUCUUUUUUUCCAGUAAUAGAACAUUUAGGAUCAAUAACCUGAGCAGGACAGACAGUGGUAAAUAUACCCUUCAAACCUUUGAUUCAGAUGGACAUUCAUCAGGCGUGCGGACUUUACAGUUGUUUUUUCAAGCUCCUGUGUCCUCUGUCCUGCUGGUCUCUGAGUGUCUGUCCCAGGGAGAGAUGAGGGUGUCCUGCUCCUCUGAGGGAGGGGACAGUCCUCAGUACAGCUGGACUCUGGAUGGACACACACUGACAGAUGCUGAGCUCCUUUCUGUAAAUAAUAAGACUAACAUCAUCACUCUGAAACAGCACGUCUCAGGACGUCUGGUCUGCUCAGUCAGGAACAACGUCAGUAAUGUCCCCAAAGAAGAGAUGAUAUCUACCUGUGGCUUUAUUUUCAUUAACUGUACUUUAGUCAAUGGGACAAAGAUAUCAGAGUGGGUGUAUGAAGCUAAUAACACCCUGUGUACUCAACCAAAACAGACUUCGAUGGGUAAAGACUAUGGAACUACCAUCAGUGAUGAACCAUGGUACAUUAGGAAUUUGCCACUGAUAGGUGGUGUUCUCUCAGCGCUGGUAAUUUUCUUGGUUGUUGGUGUAGCAGUCAUAUGUGCUCGGAGGAAAAAGCAAAACAGCAAACCUACAAAAAAGGAGGAAGAAGAUGACCAGGAAGUCUUUCCUGAUGCCAAGUUUGUCAAAAGGCCGGCAAACCAAGCUGAGAAAAAAGUGGCGGUGGAGUACGGCCAAGUCAAGUCUGCAAAGCGACCUCGGAGGCCUGAACCAACAGGAACUGAUUGUGUGUAUGCUAACGUCCACAAAGUCAGGUGAUGAAGUGCUCAGUGCUUUUAGACAGACAGCUCCACUGAAGGUAGUUGGAGUGAGGAGCUGAUGUUAAGAUAUUCCUAAAGGUCCUUGAUUUAAUGUAAUUUCCCAGCAUAAAAAUACAAACCAUAGCUUAUAAAUGUUAAUUUACUGGCUUAUUUAACUUUUAAUGCACUGCUGUAUUAUAUCAGGUUAUUAACACAUCUGUUGUUAUAUGACCUCUUGAUUUAAUUACAAAACACUGAGUGUUUUCUGCAUCUGUACUCUGUGGAAGCCAUAUAUAACACAGGUUAUGACUGCUAUUUAGGACGCUUUCUCUUUUAACUUGACUAGUUUUUCACUUGGUAAAGGUUCGACUAAUGUGUAAAUAGAGACAUGAUAAAGAGAAAGCACUUCAUCCUUUAUGAAAAUAUGACUGCAUAAAGUCAUAAAGCUUCUUUUGAACCAUACAUGUUAUGUAAAAAAAAAAAACAUUACUGGCUUUUAAUAUAUUUUUGCUUUUGCAAAGAUAUGCUUUAACAAUGUACUUGUAUAAUAUAAAUUGGAUAUAUAUACCCCUGAGAGUGAGUACAUAGUAGUGAUGGACAAGUAGAGGAAAAAGGCUGUAGUGACAGAUGUGGCUAUACCAAGUGAAUGCAACAUCAGGAAGAAGGAACACAAGAAGAUCGAGAAAUACCAAGGGCUGAAAGAGGAGCUAGAGAAGAUGUGGAAGGUUAGGCCAACAGUGGUCCCAGUUGUAAUUGGAGCACUUGGAGCUGUGACUCCCAAAAUGGGCAAGCGGCUCAGAGAUUCCAGGAACAACAUCCAAGAUCUGUGUCCAGAAGAGCACAGUCCUAGGAACAGCAAAGAGACUGCACAGGACCCUCAAGCUCCCACACCUCUGGCAGAAGACCCCAGCUGAAAAAAUAGAGACCACCCACAGAUUGAGUGUGGAAUUUAUAUACAGGGAGUUCAGAAUUAUUAGGCAAAUGAGUAUUUUGUCCACAUCAUCCUCUUCAUGCAUGUUGUCUUACUCCAAGCUGUA